AUGAUCUCCAUCGGCACCCAUCGCCUCUACCUCUCCAUCAACGGUCCACCCCGCCGCGACCCCCCAGAUCCUAUCGUAGUGUUCAUUGCCGGCGCCGGCGACGUCGCAUCGUCUUACUGCGCCGUCCAACGGCUUGUCGCGUCCUUCUCCCCGCUUCUUCUUUACGACCGCUCCGGUCUCGGUCGCAGCGAAAGCAAUCCAACCGCUCCAAUCCCAACGGCGACGUCAGCAGCCAAAGAGUUACACACCCUUCUCACCACCGCAAAUAUCCCUCCACCACUUAUCCUGGCCGCUCACUCCUAUGGCGGGAUCAUCGCCCGAGAAUAUCUCCAUCUCUACUCGAGCGAUGUCACGGGAAUGGUCCUCAUGGACGCAUCAACCGAACGGAACCUCGAGUUAUUCCAGAACCCGGAUUUAGACCUUAAUGCUAUGGUAGGCGACAUGAAGUUUGCUGAGGUCACGGGGCUGCGUGCUGCCGCUCAGCUCUCGCGGGAAGAAUGGAGGGUGAGAGCGAUGGACAUUGCGCGGGGAAUGGCUACUUCGCAGGCUGAGGCGAUGGCGCGGGAGGAGGUUUGCCAGGCGCUUCGUGAGAAGGAGCAGUUCAAGAAGCAGGCGCUGGGGGGUCGGCCUUUAAGCGUGAUUCGGUGUAAUGGGUUGAUGGAAUACAGGAGAAUCUAUGAGAAGGGUGUCGAGGCUGGGAAUGGGACAGAGGCUCAGCGAGCGGCAUUCCGUGAGCUACUGGAGAAGUGGGACGGGAUGGAUCGUGAGAUGCAGGAGGAGCAGUUGGAACUGUCUAGACGGAGUAGGAUGGUUCAUUUGCCGGACUGUGGGCAUAAUGUGCAUUUGAUCCGACCCGAGGCUGUUGCAGAGGAGAUUCGAUGGGUAAGGGAGCAGAUCUUAGGUCAGAAGAUAGACUCUGCUCUUUGA